AUCCUUCCCAAACGAAUCAAGUGAGGGAGGAAGGAAGGAAGAGAUGCUGUUGGAGAAAGAGGGACCCCGGUUCUGCGGGACUGAUGGGUUCUGGUGCUAACACCAGCGGCAGCCGCAGGUAGAGGGCGACAUUCCAAAGAAUUCGGGCAAGAGAAAAAUGGUGGCAGAGAAGCUCAGUUCCAAAGGCCAGGCUUGGUUCUGUACCACUGGACUGCCGAGCGACGUCGUCGUCGAAGUCGAAGAGAUGAUCUUCCAUCUCCACAAGUUCCCUUUGAUGUGCAAGAGUAGAAAGCUCCAUCGGCUGAUAAUCGAGCAGGAGGAAAACCCCGGAGAGCGUGGACAAAUGAGAAGAGUGCAGAACAGAGGAGACGAUGGUGCUGAAUCCAAGGAGGAGGAGAAGGAGGAAGAAGAGGAGGAGGUGGACGAGGAGGGACAACGAGAAGGAGAAGAGGAGAUCCAAGAAGAAAAGGAAGCGAUGGAGACGCGCCACAUCUGCCUCCUGAACUUCCCCGGCGGGCCGGAGACGUUCGAGGGGGCAGCCAAGUUCUGCUACGGCGUCAAGGUCGAGCUCACGUCGUGGAACGUCGCUCCUCUCCACUGCGCGGCGGAGUACCUCGAGAUGACCGAGGAAUUCGCGGAGGACAACCUCGUCUCCCGCACCGAUCGGUUCUUCGCCCAGUCCGUCCUUUGCAACCUCCAGGAGUCGGUUCAAGCCCUCAAGUCCUGCGAGGACCUUGAGCCCCUGGCAGAGCACCUGGGCAUCGUACAGCGCUGUAUCGAUUCGAUAGCCACCAUGGCCAGCUCCUCCUCCGAUCCCAGAUCCCUUUUCGGGUGGCCGGUCAAUGACGGGCCUGGAGAAGCCUCGAACGCCGUCCUCUGGAAUGGGAUCGACACCGGGAUCCACCGGAGGGGCGGGAUCCGGUCCUCCUCCUCCACCGCCGCCGCCACCGCCGCGGCGGAUUCUUGGUUCGAGGCCCUGACGAUCCUGAGCCUGCCGAUGUACAAGCGCGUGAUCGCGGCCAUGAAGGCCCAAGAUAUGGGCUCGGAGGCCAUGGAGGCGGCGCUCGUGUCCUACGCCAAGAGAUCCAUCCCCGGGCUCUCCCGGUCAACCACCACCCGCCGUCACGCCUCCGCGCCCGUGGCCUCGGAACAGGAGCAGAGGGAGCUCCUGGAGACCGUAAUCACCAAUCUGCCCACAGAGAAGAGCUCGCGCGCGGGCCGGACGACCACCCGAUUCCUCUUCGGGCUCCUGCGGACGGUCAACAUCCUGCGAGCCUCGGGAGCUUCGAGGACGGCUCUGGAACGGAAGAUCGCGUCGCAGCUGGAGGAGGCGACGCUGGACGAUCUGCUGAUCCCGUGCUACUCCUACCACGCGGAGACGCUUUACGACGUCGACUGCGUGCAGCGGAUCCUGGGCCACUUCCUCGAGGGUUUAGAGAAGGCGGAGGCGGAGGAGAGCUCGUCGGCUGUGGUAACCGUCUCCGACGAGGAGGAGGAUGGUGGGGCGAGGAUAUUGCCGCGUGUCUACAAGCUGACGGCGGUGGGAAAGCUCGUGGACGGGUACAUGGCGGAGAUCGCGUCGGACGCCAAUCUGACGCCCGACAGGUUUUGCGAGCUGGCGUCUUCCCUCCCCGAUCGCGCGAGGGUCUACGACGAUGGGCUCUAUCGGGCCGUUGACAUCUAUCUCAAGGCGCACCUGCGGAUGAGGGAGGAGGAGCGGGAGCGGGUAUGCAACGUGGUGGACUGCCGGAAGCUGACGCUGGAGGCGUGCACCCACGCGGCCCAGAACGAGCAGCUGCCGCUGAGGGCGGUGGUGCAGGUGCUCUUCUUCGAGCAGCUCCAGCUCCAGCAGGCCAUCGCCAGGACGCUCCUGGCAGCAGAGCAGGAGGCGGCGGCGGCGAGUGCGGGGAGGACACGUGGCGGCGGCGGGGACGUGGCAGCCUCGGUGUCGUGGCGAACGGCUGUGCGGGAGAACCAGGUGCUGAGGCUGGACAUGGACAGCAUGCGGAGCAGGGUGCAGGAGCUGGAGUGGGAGUGCGCCAGCAUGAAGAAGGCCAUCGCCAAGAUGGACAGCCCCGGCUGCAAAGGUAGUGAUAGGCCGGGCGCGGGUGGAGCAAGUAGGAGGAGGACGAGGAUGUCGAGGCUGGGGUGCAGGCUCAGCACGCAGGUGUGCGACUCGCACGAGCGCACGGUGGUGGAGUCCAAGUCCUCCCGCUUGGAGGAUCUCAGCCCGUAGACCGGACGGGAUCGCAAACAAACACGUGACUGCUUUGGCUCUUUCUUCUACCAUUUUUUUUUUCAAACCACGCAUGAAAGCACCUUGCUUGUAUAGCAAGGUCAUCUUAUUUUGUUUUUAGCGUUAUCUUAUAAUAAGCAAAUGUACCAGGA